AUGUCCAAGCGACAGCCCUCCGGGCGGGUGUCUCGUGUCGUUUCACGGGGUAAUGGCCUGCCUCUCGUGUCGAACCUGAUCCGCCCUUACCAAGAAGAUGCUUGGGAUGAAGAUGGUUACCAGUCCUUCGACGCCACUCAUUAUGCCCUAAAAUCUGUGAAUCAAUCCAUUGAACGACGCCUGUUAAAGCUUCAGGCCAACACCACGCGCCUUAAGCGUGAGCUGUGGCUGCUCCAGCGUCAUAUCAAGGAGUUUCGCCACCCUCUCUUCGAAGUCUGGGAAGCCGACAUGCUCACACGGCUGAUCGAGGUUGCAUACGCUCAUCAGCACCGAAAGCUACCGGGCGGCGUCGUGCUCGGGCAGUCGAGCUUCGCGGAACGUGAGAACCUCACGCAUGCGUUCAGUAUUGCGGCGAAGGGGAUCCGUCAGGCAACACUUUCAAAGCUUGGUCUCGGCGAGAAGUAUCAUCAGGCCCUGCAGCGAUAUACAGAGGUUGCACCCUAUCGAAGCGCGAAUACCUUUCAAACAGAGUUCGCCUUCGCCAAGUGGCUGGUCGAGGAACAGGAGGACCGACCAGAGCUGUAUGCAUUUUGGUCCAAGCUUUUCCCUGUCUGCUACGACCGCACCGCCCAAGAGAGCGCCUCCAUCUUCUGA